ACCAUGGCCACCAUCCAGUCGGAGACCGACUGCUACGACAUCAUCGAGGUGCUGGGCAAGGGCACCUUCGGGGAGGUGGCCAAGGGCUGGCGGCGCAGCACCGGCGAGAUGGUGGCCAUCAAGAUCCUCAAGAACGACGCCUACCGCAACCGCAUCAUCAAGAACGAGCUGAAGCUGCUGCGCUGCAUGCGGGGCCUGGACCCCGAGGAGGCCCACGUCGUCCGCUUCCUCGAGGUCUUCCACGACGCCCUCAAGUUCUACCUGGUCUUCGAGCUGCUGGAGCAAAACCUUUUCGAGUUCCAGAAGGAGAACAACUUCGCGCCCCUCCCCGCCCGCCACAUCCGGACGGUCACCCUGCAGGUGCUCCAAGCCCUGGCCCGGCUCAAGGAGCUGGCCAUCAUCCACGCCGACCUCAAGCCCGAGAACAUCAUGCUGGUGGACCAGACCCGCUGUCCCUUCAGGGUCAAGGUGAUUGACUUCGGCUCAGCCAGCAUUUUCAGCGAGGUGCGCUACGUGAAGGAGCCGUACAUCCAGUCGCGCUUCUACCGGGCCCCCGAGAUUCUGCUGGGGCUGCCCUUCUGUGAGAAAGUGGAUGUGUGGUCGCUGGGCUGUGUCAUGGCCGAGCUGCACCUCGGCUGGCCCCUGUACCCGGGCAACAACGAGUAUGACCAGGUGCGCUACAUCUGUGAGACCCAGGGCCUGCCCAAGCCCCACCUGCUGCACGCCGCCCGCAAGGCCCACCACUUCUUCAAGCGCAACCCCCACCCCGACGCCACCAACCCCUGGCAGCUCAAGUCCUCUGCCGACUACCUGGCCGAGACCAAGGUGCGCCCACUGGAGCGCCGCAAAUACAUGCUCAAGUCGCUGGACCAGAUCGAGACGGUGAACGGCGGCGGAGCGGCCGGUCGGCUGACCUUCCCGGACCGGGAGGCGCUGGCCGAGCACACCGACCUCAAAAGCAUGGUGGAGCUGAUCAAGCGCAUGCUGACGUGGGAGUCGCACGAGCGCAUCAGCCCCAGCGCGGCCCUGCGCCACCCGUUCGUGUCCAUGCAGCAGCUGCGCAGCGCCCACGAGUCCACGCGCUACUACCAGCUCUCGCUGCGCGGCUGCCGCCUCUCGCUGCAGGUGGAGGGCAAGCCCCCCACGCCCGUGGCAGCCCCAGCAGAGGACGGGCCCCCCUACUACCGCCUGGCGGAGGAGGAGGAGGCCGUGGGCGUGGGCAGCGGGGCGGGCAGCGGGUCCUUCUUCUGCGAGGAGAAGGCGCCCGGCGUGCAAAGGGCCAUCGACCAGCUGGACGACCUGAGUCUGCAGGAGGCGGGCCAGGGGCUGUGGGGCGAGACCCACACCGACGCGGUCCCCGACCUGCUGGCGCCGCUCAAGGCCGCGGCUGCUGCCCGCCACGUGCCCGACGCGGGCCCCGAGCCCAUCCUGGCCUUCUACGGCAGUCGCCUGGCCAGUCGCCACAAGGCCCGCAAGGGGCCCGCCGGCUCCAAGUCCGACUCCAACUUCAGCAACCUCAUCCGGCUGAGCCAGGCCUCGCCCAAGGACGACGGGCCCUGCCGGGGCAGCGGCUGGGAGGAAGGAGAGCACCGCGGGGCCUCCGCAGAGCCGCCCAGCAUCCCGCAGCGGGACGGGGAUGGGCCUGGGCCCGACAUCAAGGACAUGGUCAUGGAGGCUGAGAGGCCGGGCCCUGAGCUCUUCGACCCCAGCUGCUGUCCUGGCGAAUGGCUGAGUGACCCAGACUGGAGCCUGGAGGGCGUCAGGGGGCUACAGGGUCAGGGGCUCCCACCCCGCCAUGCCCACCCACAUGGUCCAGCCCGGGCCACCACUUUUCUGCAGCACAUCAGCGGGCACCACUGAUGGUGACCCCACAGCCGUGCCCAUCACUGGGGGCUGCGCUCGCUGGGCUGGCAUCCCCUCCUGAUCUGAGCUGCUCCUCAGAGCUUUUCCCCUGACCCACAGUUUAUUCUUACAGAGAGAAAGUUGUCCAGAUAUCCCCCGAUCCCCCUGCCCACAGUGCACGCCUGCACGUACACUUUAAGCACAGGAGGCCCUUGGGGUCUGGCCCGUGGUCACCUUGGCCAGAGGGACGGCAGGAAAGGGGCUGUGCCCUGCUGGCCCUGAGCUCGCCCUUGGCCCUGCUGCUUCUGCCUGUUUCAAUAAAGAACU